AUUUUUACUGUUAACCGCCGUGGACUAUUGUUUUUCGUUCACUAUAAAGUGCCGGCUUUUUUUGUUGCUUAAAGUUUGCAAAUCGUUCAGAGUAAUGGCUUUAAUAGCACAUAUAACCCCACCUGCAGAAGGUCUGAUUUACACUGCUAGAAAUAUAAAGUUAAAAAUUGGCGAGAAGAUUAUUGGAAAGGGAUCAUUAUAUAUAAGUCAAAAUUCUUUAGGGUGGCAAGCGGAAGAUAUGAACGAAGGUAUAUCCAUAUUUUGGAAACAAAUUAGUAUACAUGGUAUAUCAGCAAAUCCAAGCAAAUGCAUAUAUUUCAUGCUAGACCACAAUCUUGAGUGGCGCGGGGUAUAUGAUAAGGCAACGCGGGUGUCUGCCAAUAUUAAUCACAAUGGCAAUGUUGAUGGCGCAGAAGGUGGUCAGGGGGAUAAUAAUGGUUUUCCUAUGGAGCAGCAACUAGAUAAUGAAAGCGAUGGGGAUGUAGAUGAAGGUAAUGCUACUGAUGAGGAAGACGAACAUAAUAGUGACCAAUUGACUGAAUGCUGGCUUAUUCCGGAUGAUGUGAACACCGUUGAUAUUAUGUUUCAAGCAAUGAAUGAAUGUCAAGCAUUACAUCAUGAUUCAGCAGACAGUAUUUCUGAAGAAAGCGAUUUUAUGGACGAUGAAGAUGGCGAGAGUUUUGGUAAUGGCAUUGGUCCGGCUGGGAAUGGUGGAAGAGAUGAUGCUGAAGAAGCUCAAGGGGGAAUGCGUAACUUAAAUUUAAACGAUGAACGAUUUGCCGAUGCGGAGGAGUAACCAUUACAACUAAUCUAAAUUAAUAAUUUAGUACUUAGAAAUUUCUGAAUAAAUAUUCCUCAUCCAUAAUUUUUCUAAUUAAA